AUGCCAAAACAAAAAGCUCCUAAGGGUGCAUCAAAUGAUGCAUCCUCUGCUUCUGCAAUCAAUGAUCCUCGAUUCUCGAAUUUCACUACCGAUCCGCGAUUUCGACUCCCUUCUAAGAAACAGACCAGAACGAAGAUUGAUAAACGAUUCUCGCGCAUGCUGAAAGAUGAUGAUUUCUCCAAUUCAGCAAAGGUGGAUCGAUAUGGAAGGAAAUUGAGUGGCAGUGGAAAGAAGAAGGCGCUGGAGAGAUUGUAUGUUGAUGAGGAUGAAGAAGACGAGGACAGUGAAAGUGACGAUGAGAAUGAGGGCGGAGAAGACGUGGAGGUGGAGGACGACGAGGUAGUAGAAAAGGAACUGAAAAAAGCGGCUGCGGGAUAUGAUCCUGCGAGAGGUGGUGGUUUUUCUUCUUCGGAAGACGAGGAUGAGGAUGAAGAUGAAGAUGGAGGAGUGGAUAUUGAAGAGGAAGCUACUUUUCCAGAUAUGCAAGCAGAGCAGCAGGCAGUCGAAAUGGGAGAGGUUUCUUCGAGAAUAGCGGUAGUCAAUCUGGAUUGGGACAAUAUUCGAUCGGUGGAUUUAAUGGCUGUUUUUCAGAGUUUCGUCAAUCCUGGCGGAAAGAUUCAUAAGAUUUCUAUCUACCAGUCUGAGUAUGGAAAAGAAAGGAUGGAACGAGAAGAAUUAGAGGGCCCACCAAAAGAGAUCUUCGCAAAGAAGCACGAAGAAGAGGAUGAGGAUGACGAGGAAACCGAUGACGAAGAAUUAGAGGAGAAAAUUAAGAAGGAUUUACAAAAGGCAGACGAUGGUAAUGAAUUCGAUGGCGCGGCACUACGACAAUACCAACUCGAACGACUACGAUAUUUCUAUGCCGUUGUUGUUUGUUCGGACGAGAAAACUGCAGAGAAUAUUUACCAGAAAUGCGACGGCACAGAGUAUUUGAGUUCCGCCAACUUUUUCGAUCUAAGAUUCAUCCCCGAUGGUACGGAAUUUGAUGAUGAACCAAGAGAUGAGUGUGAACAGGUGCCUGCUGGAUAUAAACCUACCGAGUUCGUUACAGAUGCGCUUCAGCAUUCCAAAGUCAAACUUACAUGGGAUAUGAACCCUGAGGAAGCAAGCCGAAAAGAUGCAAUCAAUCGAGCAUUCACAGGUAGUCGCGCAGAGAUUGGCGAAAACGAUUUACGAGCAUACCUAGGAAGUGAUUCGGAGGACGAUGAAGAGGUAGAAGAAGAGGCCGAGGAAAACGCGCCUAAACUAUCCAAGAAGGAACUUGAGAGGCAAAAGCUUCGCGCAGCUCUUGGACUAGGGGAUGAGCCAACCAAAAAGAAGAAAGACAGUGGCCCUGUUGGUGACAUGGAGAUUACAUUUACAGCCGGUUUAAGCGCCACCGCCAAGGGAAACGUCUUCGAAAACGAGCCCAUACCUAACGAAACCACAGCCGAAGCAUAUAUCCGUAAAGAGAAAGAACGCAAGGCCCGCAGGAGAGAAAAGGCCAAGGCUGUUCGUGAAGGAAGAGAUCCAAACGCUUCUGAUGAUGAAGAGAAAGAAGUCGAAGCCAAAGAAGAUCUUGGAUUCGACGAUCCUUUCUUUGCAACCGAUGAAGCUACCAAAUCCAAAGCAGCAAAAUCAGUACGCAAAGAAGAACGCAAGAAGAAACACGAUGCGAAACUUAAGGAAGCGGAAGAGAAGGCGUCGAAUCGUGCAGAGUUGGAAUUGCUUAUGCAGGACAAUUCGACGGACAAGGCAGAACAUCUGGACCAUUUCGAUAUUGCUGAGAUUCAACGCGCUGAAAAGGCGAAAAAGAAGAAGGGUAAAGGAAAGGGAAAGAAGGGUGAAGAAAUCGAGAGCAAGAGAGGAGGCCUACAAGAAAAUUUCCAGAUGGAUGUUGGUGAUGAGAGAUUCGCUGACGUCUUCAAGAAUCACGAGUAUGCUAUUGAUCCAAGCAAUCCAAAAUUUAAGGGCACAGAGGGUAUGAAGAAAUUGUUGGAAGAGGGAAGGAAGAAGAGAGGUGGAGAGGAUGACGCAGAGGUUGAAGUGAAGACGAAGAAUAAGAAGAGGAAGGUUGAGGGAGAGAAAGGGGAUAAGGCGGAUCUUAGUAGUUUGGUCGAGAAAGUCAAGAAGAAGUCCAAGAUCGUGAAGUAA